ACUAGCAUACCCGUGUUUCCGCUGCCCUCUCUGCGGCUGUUUGUUAUUUAACGGGUUUAACGGUUUGUUCAGUUGUUUUUUGGUCCCAACGGUUCUAACGUUAAACGCGUCGCUAGGUAACAGUUGGGUAACCAUUAGGUAUAUAAGAUGACGUCCAGAGCGACGCAGAGCCGCUUCCUCCAGAGCGUCCUUCAGAACGGGGUCGGUCGCUAUGUCUGCCAGCUGAAGAGGAUCUCCAUCAUCUUCUCCAAAAAGGCUCAGAGCUCCUUAGGAAUCAGGGAUUUUAUUGAGGAGGGAGUCGUGGAUUACGCCAAAAAGAACCCAGCAACUGUUGUGUACGUGUCUCCUAAGUCCUGCAGGAUCCCCAAAAUAGUGGCAGAAUACUUAAACGGUAACGUGAGGGAAGAGAUCGUCACGAGUAAAACGUCUCAGCAGGUCUCGGAGCUUCUGACCAAGCUGACCAAUCAGUCGGGUCUGGACGUCAUCCGCAUCCGGAAACCCUUCCACACGGACAGCCCCAGCAUCCAGGGCCAGUGGCACCCUUUCACCAACCGGCCCCCGUCCAUCGGCCCCAUCAGACCACAGAGCGCAGAGUAAAGACUGGACAAUAGAAAAUCACUGCUUAAUAUGAAUCACUUUAGCAAAAUGUGUCCUUUUUUGUGACGCUGUUAAAGUGAUUUAAAUCAAAUCAUAUAUCAUGUUUUUUUUUUUUUUACAGCAUUUAGGUUGGAAAUGUCCCUUUAUUGACUGGAUAUCUGAAUAUUUUCUACUGAGCUCUUCUGUGUGACGGUGGCAGCUCUGAAUGUCACAUAAUAAAAAAAAAAAAAGACUUAACAUGAAAACACCAGAGGCUUCGUCAGCUGGCAUACAAAAAAAAGAAGCAGAUCACUGUUUUUUAUAGUCUCAAGGCUGUUUGAAGAUUCGUGUUCAAGUUCAAGUGCAGCGCUGCUCAUCACAUGGAAGUUUAUGUGAAAUAAAAAGAAAAAAGCAAA